CCUUAGUCCUUAGCUGGGAAUCCAAACACCCCCCUUUUUCUCUCUCCUCUCAUUCUCUCUCUCUUAAAAAGUCUUCAAAAUUUCACACAGUUUCCAUGCACCCAUCCGCAUCCGCAUCCGCCUAACAAUUCCAUUUUCAAAACACAGAAAAAAAUGCUUCCUCUCAAAUCUCUCCUCUUUCUCAAUCUCCUCCUCCUUAUUUCCCCCUCCGCCACCGCCGCCGCCUCUGCCGCCGCCAGGUUCCUCGACGAGGCCCCCGCCGUCCCUUCCACCACCGGCGACCCAACCGUCAAGUGCGCCCCAUGCGAUCAGAACCCCCCAUCUCCCCCGCCGCCGCCGAUCUACCCCUCUCCUCCCCCGCCGUCUCCUCCGCCGCCGGACGUUCUGCCCUACUACUCUCCGCCGCCACCUAAGAAGCCCAAGAACAACGACAACUGCCCCCCGCCGCCGUAUCCUCCGUCCUUCACCUACAUAACCGGCCCCCCCGGCGACUUGUACCCAAUCGACCAGGAUUAUAACGCCGCCGCCCGGACACUCACCUCCGCUGCCGCCGCCGCCGUGGUUGGGCUCGGUUUGGUUGGGCUUUUUGUGGUUUAAACGUGGGCCGGGGGUCUCGAUUGAAAUUCUCGUCAGGUAAACUAAUCUCUACGAGAUUUCUCUCUUGGGAAUUUUUUUUUUUUGUUUCUAGAAUUUAAUUUUAUGGAUAUGAAUCUGAUCAUUUCCUCUCAAAUAAUUUUGUAAUAUUGUACUAAUAUUGAAAAUUGUCCAGAAAUUUGUGAUAAGAAAAAGAAAUUUUCUGA